AUGCCUCUGUUCAGUUGGCGUCCACGUAUUCUGGGAGGUGGUCGAAAGACGCCAGAAGCCACACAAGCCGUCCAAAUUACUAUAGCUCCUGAGCCACCGGAGCUCCCGGAGCCAGCAGCAAGCUCUAAGCCGAGAAAUGUUCGAUUUGAUGAGCCAAAAAGUGGCUCAUUUAACCAAGAAAGGGCUGCUCCUGUAGACUGGGCGACUAACAAUUAUGGGGGUGAAGCCAGAAUUAUUGGCACCGUCCGUCCGGAAAAGAAUCUGACAAGCGGCUCGAGCGGACGAAUCCCACCAGAAGAGAAUGUUGGCAGUGAUUGGAGAUAUGCAGAUGAUGUUAAAGUUCGGAUUGAUCCGGUAGAUCAUCAACGCCCAAUCGACUCCCAACCAUCCCGCUUCGGUCAGCACCCCUCACGGGCCACUUCGGUUCUUCAAAACCUCCGCGAACAGAAAAGCAAUCUGGAAUACGAUGAGCGUCGUCGUGAGGUUUCGACGUUGCCGAGCAGUUAUUCGAGCAAUCGACCCGAUAUUUACGGAAAUGUUCAGCGAUUCGACACAGUUAGCCGCACCGAAUCUCAUUUAUCCUCAGAUUCACAAGCCACUAGACACCUUGACGAUAUGAAUGUAGUGUUCCUUCAAGCAAAUGAUGAAGUCAAACGAAUUCUCCUGCCACGCAACAUCCAUUCGAUGCAUCAAGUCAAAAUGUCAUUCGUUCGAACUUUCCCAAAUGUGAAUCGAUCAUUCGUCGAGCAACCCCAUGUCAAAAUCUACAUUCAAGAGCCAACAAAAGGAGCCAUAUUCUAUGAGCUUGAGGAUCCUGGAGAUAUCAAGAACAAAUCAGUGCUCAGACUUCGAGAGAAGACACGUGUCAUGUCACCAGUUGGAGGAGGGUAUUUGGAUCAACCAGAUUAUCAUUCGGAGACAGAGCAGGAUGAUGGAAGGCGAGUUGGGAUGAUGCCGAUGAUGAGGCCAGCUUCGGCGAUGGCAGCUCCAAGUGUUGAUUAUAUGCAUCGGAAUACACUGCCAUUGAAGCCACAACCACCUCCACCACAGGUCUAUGAUAUCUAUUCGGAUCCAUAUAACUCGGAUACAAGCAGUCAUGAUAGCCGAAGUGUGACCAGAUCUGGUUCAGCGACACCGGUGAUUGAUAGGGAAUCUAGAGUACGAAUGGAAACCAUGGAACGACAACUCGCGGGACUGUCAAACCUGGUGCACACAGCUCUCGUGAGCAAGGGAAUGAGCGAAACGACGCAGAAGGAUAUGGCAGAGCUUCGAAGGGAGAUCCUAUCCAUGCACCCUGACACUGCUCGAGAAUCUUCCGAAAAACCAGCCUCUUCUCUAUCCGACUCAAUUUCCUCACACACCGCUUAUCAACUCUCCGUGUUCCGUAGCAAGCUUAAAGACACUCACAAUGAGCUGAAACAGCUCAAAAACUCUGCACAGGUGAAUGCUCAGACUGGAAAUACGCUUUUACGAGAAGCCGGGGAUAAGAUCGGAAGAUUGGUUGCUGAUAGAAUGCGUGGUGGGGUUUCAGUCAUGCCAAUUGAGAUUCCAGCUACGGAAAUGAGCAACGAGAGCCAACGAAAUGAGCAUGCCAGUCAACUUGCAGAGCUUCUACAUUCAUUGACAAGUUUCGAGACAAAUGUGGAAACCGUACGUGGUAGUGUGCUUGCAAAUCAGAAAAAGCUACGAAUGAGCGAAGUGGAAGAUAUGACCGAAAAACUAACGAAUAUUGGACGACUUGCAGCGAACUUGAAAACCGACUUCCCACCGAUCCAAAUGGCAAUCGAACAACAGAUCAAGAGAGAUAUGGAACGAGUGGUCCGAGAGGAAAAAUUCAUUCGCGAUCAGAGUAUCGCAGUGGAUCAGAGCCUUCGAAGAUGUAAAGCCUUGGCGAAUAUCAUGGUUACAAUGAAAAAGCUAGCCAUGGUGCAAGAUCCAUCGAUUCAACGUAGGAAGAAGCAUGUGGAACGGGCGGAUUCAGCUGGAGCUCCAGGAUCUCCAAGAUUACCUCCAAAACCUUCUGUAGCACAGACAAUUGCUAUGCACUCAGCUCCACCAUCACCGUUGACAGCUCCGAUCCCACCUCCACCACCGCCACCACCGCCGAUGCUUCCACCACAACAAUCUCAGCUCGCCCAGUCCCUCCAACUAGCGGCUACCAGUUCUAAUGUGGUAAAGGUUGCUCCAAUGUAUGAGUACAAGGAAUCCCCAAAGUCGCCUGUAAGUGAUCUUGACAAUGUUCUCGAAGAAGUUGGAGAUCCGGGCAGCAUCCCACGUCCUCCAAGCCGAUACUCUGUCCAAGACGUUCGACAAAAGUUCUCCAAACCGCCAGAGCUGCCAGAUCAGCUCAGGAACUUGAUCGAAGACGUUGCUCGGCGAGCAUCCCCCGGACCGGAGCAAAUGAACGAUAGAAGACAGGACUUGGAAGAGCGUCAGGAGAGAUUGGCUGAGAAGCAGAGACAACUGAGAUCACAGUUUCAGCAAUUGCAACAGCUCGCUCCACUUCCCUAAUUAUUAGUUGAAUUAUCGUUAUUAAUAUAUACUUAUUGUGUUGAAUUUAUUAUUGUGAGACAUGACAAUAUCACAAAUUUAUUAUUUAAAUAAAGUUAUCAAAAUUUUCAUUUAAAA